AAUUCUUUUCUCUUUUUCUCUAUUUGGGUUCUCUCUUCUCUUCCCUCUCGCGAUUCACCUUCAACAACUCCCUUCUGAAACCAGAUAAAUUCAGUUGAAAUGGAUAACAAUGAUGAAUGUAGCAGUGACAUGUCAGGGAAGCAAUUAAUUCCUACAGAAACUUUUGCAUAUGGUUUGUAUGGAGCAUUAGGGAACCUUUCUCGUAUUGGUGAUGAGUACCAGACCAAAAUCCCAUCAUUGAUUACGGAAUCUGAGCAUCUUGAUUACGUUAAGAACCCCAUUGAGGAAGAAACAAAAGCUGGAGUACCAAGUGACUUCUUAAUUGGAUUAGAUAUACCUAUUGUUUGGAUCAAUCAAGAAGUUGGGAACAUGAAAGAGAUAGAGAGGGACACUAAAAUAGCACCCCAAGUCGAUAUGAAGAAUGAAAAUCCAACAUCCGAUUUUUCAGCAGAAGCUUCGAACAUGAAAAAUGAUCAUGUGGCAGGUACAGCAGGUAGCAGUCAACUUUGUCUUGUUCCUGGCAGCUUUCUUGAUUCAUGGACUGAGAUUGAGAGGGGUAGCUUUCUCCUUGGGUUGUAUAUAUUCGAGAAGGAUUUUGUUCGGGUGAAGAGAUUAAUUGAGAGUAAAAACAUGGGGGAUAUAUUGUCGUACUACUAUGGUAACUUUUAUAGGUCUGAUGAGUACAGAAGAUGGUCAGAAUCUAGGAAAAGUAGAGGCAGAAGGUGUAUAUUGGGACAAAGGAUAUUUAGUGGCUUAAGACAACAGGAGUUGCUUUGUCGUUUGAGACUCCAUGCAUCUCAAGAAGGCCAGAAUUCCCUGUUGGAGGUUUCUAGAACGUUUGUAGAUGGGAGGAUAUCAUUAGAAGGGUAUGUGUUCUCAUUAAGAGAUUUGGUUGGGAUCAAAAACUUCGUUGAUGCAGUGGCAAUUGGAAGCGGUAAGCCAGAUUUGACCGGCAAUGGCAUAGAGCCCACCAAGCAAAACCAAGCAAUCCAUAUUCGACCAGAAAUACCAAUCGGAAAAGCUUGCUCUUCUCUCACUUCAACAGAGAUCAUUAAGUUUCUUACAGGUGAUUAUCGGCUAAGCAAAGCUCGAUCUAAUGAUUUAUUCUGGGAAGCUGUAUGGCCUCGAUUACUUGCAAGAGGGUGGCAUUCAGAACAACCAAAUGGUUAUAAUUAUGCCGCAAAUGGGAAGCAUUCUUUGGUGUUUUUGAUGCCUGGAGUGAAGAAAUUCUCGAGGAGAUUAAUCAAAGGGGAUGCUUAUUUGGAUUCUGUAACAGAUGUUUUGAAUAAGGUUGCUUCAGAGCCACAACUCCUUGAACUUGAUGAUAGUGAAGAAAAUGGCGAAACUGGAAAGAAAUUGGAAGAAGAAGAAGAUGGGUUUCUUGAAAAACGGAAAAGCCAUUGUUAUCUUCAACCUCGAGCUCCAAAUCGUAGCACCAUUUUAAUGAAAUUUACUGUGGUGGAUACAAGUUUAAGUGGAGGGAAUAUUAUCAAAGUAAGAGAAUUGGAACCGCUGAAGUUGAUUACAAGAAGUCAUUCGGAUGAAGUUCACAGUGAGUUGGUUUCUAGCGAUGAAUCAGAUAGCGCAAACACGUUUCUCGUGGAUCAAGAAAUGACUGCUAACGGCCGUAAGUCCAAGAAACAGAAAACUUCCGGUGAGAAGAAAUUACUUGCAAAAAAACAUCUGAAAACUACGAAUGGUUCAGAUUCAGUAUUACCCGAGGCCACAAAGAAACUUACGAAAGCCAAUUUGAGCAGGAAAUCGAGACCAGAAAAUUCAAAUUCAGGCCAUUAUGCAAAACGACGAAGGAGAUUAUCUGCUUGCAGUCGCAUGGAUUUGAAGGCGUGUUCUAGCUUGGAAAGGGAUAUCGACGAUUUAACCGAGAACAUUUACUCUCAUGUGGGUUCAUCAUCUCAGGCUAAUCAUAAAUUGUCAUCAAAUUUAAGUUUUUCAUCAAGAUGUAGUUCGAUUGACACUGUUGAAGAACAACAGCAACCUCAGUCGAUGAAUUUGAUUGAUUUGAAUUAUCCCCAUAUUACCCCUGCAUUUGGAAAUUGUGAAUUUGCGACGGAAACAGGCCAGGUUAAAGAUGAAAGAACCGAGCCUGGCUCACCGAAACAAGCUGCAAGUAUGGUUGGUCCUGAUGAGCAACAAAAUGGUGCUUCCAGGAGGCAAAGCACUCGAAAUAGGCCACCGACUGCUCGAGCAUUGGAAGCCCUGGCUAAUGGGUUCUUAACGGUUAAUAGCAGGAAAAAGGACAAAGAAAAGAUUCGGGAUUCGACUUCAAGAUCAAGAAAUUCCCAUCAUUCAAGAGGCGAAAUUGGGGUUAUCAGCGAGUGUAGUACAGGCGAUGCUUCUUCUGCUGUGAAAGGAGAUAAUGGUGAAAUUGAGAAGUAGUACAAAGAAUCGGAUGUAAGUGACAGAAAUUGACAUUUGUAAAUGUUGCAGAGUUGGGCAAAUUCUUCAGGAAGUUUAUUGAGUCGUUUUUAUGGACGUUUGACGUUACAAAAGACCCGUGAUAGAGAAAAUGAUCGAGUCGUGUCCCUGUUUCAGGUUGGAUGUAGAUUUCGCUUUCGUCUUUGACUUUUUCUUUUUCAAUCUUGACCUGUUAAGAUUUGAUGGAGAAUUUGGUAUAUCUAGGAUUGUAGGUGAUUUUUAUUGUGCUUUUGUUCAUAUAAGUGUUGUGUAACUAUUUGGAUGCAUAAUUGGGAUCCUGAUACUCUCCAUUGGAAGGGGGUUCAGAAGGAU